UGUUUGCUAACGCGUUGUGAGUUUGUUUUGCGAGUAGUGCAAUCAUUUGUUGCUUUUCUUCGCAAACAUAGCAGACGCCGGGGUGGAAAUUUUAGAGGAUAUUAUGGAUUGCGCAAACCAUCAACGACUAAUUAACAACCAGUCAUUAUUGCGGAGAUUUGCUAGAUUAUCAUGGGUACUGCUGCUCCUUAUGACCAUUUGGAAACAAUCAAAUGCCAGCUAUGUUCGCUACGAAUACUACGUGGAUGCUGAUGAGUUGAUCGACGAGAAUUCACCGCCUAUCGACGGAACCACACUGUUUAACUUACUGCCGGAAACAACAGCGGGGGAGCAAGAAGAUAAUGAGCAGGCAACCACCACGGAUGGUGUUAAUGCUGAGAGCGAUAGAAAUAAUGAUUAUUAUUGUCGCGAGGAUCUAUGUUUGCAGUAUGAUUUUUCUGGCCAGUUGGUACAGAAGCAUCACGUUGCAUGCGGUCACGAUGGUUCGUUUGCUGCCGAUUGCCCUCCUGGACGAACGUUGUUCAAAGUAGAUUCUCAGCUUAGAGCGUUCCUGAUUCAUUUACACAAUGAGGCUCGCAAUCGCUUGGCAAAUGGCUCAUUGAAUGGAUUCGAAGAGGCCUCUCGAAUGCCUACAGUAGUAUGGGACGAUGAGCUGGCUAGUUUGGCCGAACUGAAUACCAAAAGUUGCCAAUUUAAGCAUGACGAAUGCCGUAAUACAGAGUUGUUACGGCAGGCAGGCCAAAAUCUUGCAAUAGGGUAUUAUCCGGUUGAAGAAAAUUUGUUUGAUAUUUUGAUGAAGUUGACCACGUUGUGGUUUGAUGAGUACAAGCUUGCAAAUCAAAUGUUGAUGGAUACAUUUAUGAGUCCCCCGAAUGUAACCAUCGGCCAUUUCACGCAGAUGAUGAGUGAUCGGACUACUUCAAUUGGCUGCGGAAUCGUAAUUUACCCACAUAAGGUGUCCGGUUAUACAUUUAAAGUUGUACUGUAUGCUUGUAACUAUUCAAUCACAAGCAUCUACAGUCAGCCAGUGUAUCGGAAGGGUCCUGUUGGAACUAAGUGCGUUACUGGGAGAAAUCAUCUCUACGAUGGUUUGUGCAACGAGGAAGAAAAUCAAUUAAUUCAACCAGUGCCAUUCUAUGAGUAAGGGAUUUAAUGGACUAAAUAAAA